UUGCAUGUACUAGCCUUAUAUACGCCAGUGGAGCGAGCGCCCGCGCAGUUACAGUGAUUGUGUUGACCGUGACUUUACCAGUGCUGAUCACAAUGCAUUUCAUCACCAUCAUAGCAGUUCUCAUCACAAUAGUUCAGGCAAGACCUGGCCUGUUCUUCACCCAGCCUCUAGGGGCUCCAGGGAUAGAAUAUGCCCAAUCCGGAUCCUCUAUACAUCCUCACCCUGCAGUAGAGUUAAACGCUGCCAACGAGGCUUUACUACCACCAGAAUUACUCAAAUCCAAUUCAUUCUAUAGUAACCCAGCAAUCGCUUCAGGAUUGGCAAAGGAAUCUUGGUUUACGAAGAAAGAAAUGCAAGUCGUGGAACGCGAAGCUGAGAAAAUUCCAAGACAGCGGAUUUACGAUAUUGUGAAAGGCGCUGGGUUCAUUUAAGAUGAAUGUUUUCCUUCUAGGGCGCGAGAUUAGAGGUUUCGUUUAAAGUUAUUUAUUUUUUGAGUAAUAUUGCAUCUACAAGUAUCUGUGAUCCUGAUAUCAAACUUAUAGCUCAUUCUUUAUAGAAUUUAAAUAGUGUCUUGCAUGUAACUGCUAUUCUGCUAUUUGUGAUUUAAAAUUAGACCGUUCUUUUUUGUCUUCUUUCAGUCCAUUUUCAUAUCACGAAAUGCAGAGCCACUUCAUUUCGAAAAUGAAACCAAUAAUGAAAAGUCUAAUUUCCCCUUUAGUUUGUAAGUAAGUAGGUAUAUAAUUUUGUUCAUUAUAUUUUUAGUUAGUCUGU